CCAGCGUCAGAGCGGGUGAGGCGGUGAUUCGCUCUUGUUUUCAAACACUAGAACGAAUCUCAGACGGAGGCGGUGUAGUAGUGUGAUCCGUAGGUGACCUGCACGCUUGUUACCUCCACCCUGGCACCUCCAGGCACCUGCUGCUGAAGAAUCUUAUUAUGGCAUCGUCAUCUACAUCACAGUACUUACUUCGCUGGAAUGACCACCUCUCCAAUUAUGGUGACGUGUUUUUAACACUACGAGAGCAGGAGGAGUUUGUGGACUGCAGUAUAGCAUGUGACGACGGCAUUGUGGGUGCUCACAGGGUGGUGCUUGCUGGCUGCUCUUCAUACUUACGGGACCUCUUCACCCGCAUCGCCAAUCCUCACCCAGUUAUCUUUUUGAUGAACACUCCAAGAUCUCUAGUUAUAAUGUUAUUGGAGUUCAUCUAUAAAGGCCAGGUUCACAUCCCUCAAAAUCGGCUGCAACAGCUUGUGAUGCUGGGUCAGUCUCUUCGGAUCAAAGGGCUGCAGCAGAUAGCAGUACCUGUGCCUGAAGUCUCAUCACCACCUAAUACACUCACUCCAAUGGCAUUUCCACAUGGGCUCCCCAUUUCACCCACACCAGGAAUGGCAUAUAGAAUUCCUUCAGAAGGGGUAUCUAAUCUUGGUGUGUCCAUUUUAAGUUGUGACAUGAGUCAGGAAGAACAGAGGAAAGAAAUUGAAAAUGCCAAUGUACAAGAGAUGCCCGACUUGUCACAAGAGGGACAAAGACCAAUCAGGUUGUCAAGAAGAAAAAAAAAACAAAAUGAAAAAUUAAGUAGAAAGAACAACGACGUUAACUUCCGGAUGAAACGGAAAAUGAAAUCGUUAAAAAUUGUUCAUCCACAUAGAUAUAAAGUGAAGCCUGGAUACAAUACAUUAAUAAAGAAUAAAUGUUAUAUUGCGGCUUAUGCUACAGAACAUGGUAUCGAGUCAACAAAAAGUUAUGCCAAGUCCUUGUAUGAUGUUGAUAUGAGAACUUCCACCAUAAUAAAAUGGAUGAAUACCUUUGAUGACACAGAAAUUGUUCAAAAAGCAAAAGAAAAAGCAGCUGCAAAAGCAGCUGGAAAGGAAAAAGAUGCUGUUACAAAGUUACCAGUAAAUAAGGGUGAUUAAUUUACCUUCCUGGUUCAUGAAGCAUCUGGAUGUUCUUGAAGACUUCUUGGAGUUAUGCUGUAGCCAUCAGCACCAGUGCAGUUAAAUGAGGGUAAAUUUUCACAUGAAUAUUUUUUUAUUAAUAUCUUCAGUGUUCUGUAUUAAUUCAGUUGCUUUCUACACUGUGAAGCUUUAUUCUAGCCUCACAUGAAAGGCUGAACAUGUCUUUGGUGGUCACAAAACUUUUAUCAUUUCAAAACUGCAGAAUGGUAGGCAAGUACAAGCAUGAUUCACAUUUGUCCUGGAGUGAAAAUGGUUCUUAUUUGUCGUCACUCGUCGUGACUUGCAGUCAAGCAGCAUAAUUUGAUUGUACGUUACUUUAUUCUCUUUCUCUUGGUAUUUUGUGCACUGCUAGUUAACACUUGGAUAACAAAUGUUUCAAAUAUAAUUCAAUAAAAAAAAUUUUUCUUUACAUUUCAGUUUGUUUUUCUCAUGUUUGUGAAUGUAUUAUAUGGUAAUACUUGAAGGUAGUCAAUGUUCAGUUUAAGAAAACUAACCUCAAAUGGUGAAGAGGAAGAGAGUUUAGGUUAGUGUUAUGGAGGGAUAAUAUUGGAGGUACUGUGUAAGUGUGUGCAAGGAAGUUGCAAUAUAGAAUUAAAUCACAUUUCUCUUACACAAGUGCUUCCAUGGGAGAUUGAUACAAGUAGGUACAUUACUCAAAUACUGUAUUUUAUAUUAAAUUGGUUUAUAUUUUCGUAAUGGGAUACACCUCUAAGGUGUCAUUUUGAACGUAGGUUGAGAAUAGUUUAGACUUGUAUGUGUCGUGAUGUGUCAUAGAGUAAACUGCAGUCUGCAAAGUGUUAUUAGUCAUUAGGUUAUUUGGGAGAGGAUGGUGAGAAUGAUAAAUGUAUGGUGGAUAUAAAGGUAGUUUCAACAAGUGUGAUUUUUAGUGCAUAGAUAUUUCCAGUUUAAUACUUAUUCGUAAUACUGUACAGUAUUUGAAUGGAGUAAGCUUUUCAAUUAAGUUGUCAAGAGUGCAUUUUGAUGAAGGGUUUUAAGUGCAAAAUAGUAGUAGUCUAAGUUCGUGUGUGCCAAGGGUCACCAUAUUUGAUACAGCUUUGUAAUGUACAAGACAAUACUUAUGGUUUGGUCACCAUGCUUACUCAUUGGCAUCCUCCCUAGCAUUGAGUGAAGAAUUUCCCAGCAUUGCAUUGAUGAUCAGCCUUAACAUAAUUAUAAAUAUGUAUAUUCAUGCAUUUUCUUAUCAAAGAUAUAAUUAGAUAACUAAGUACAUGGAAAUACCAAUUUUUAAGACUAGUACUAGUUUAAGGUUAUACAUAGGAAAAUACUAUGCUGUAGUUUGAUAUACAGUAUUUGGAUGUUUUAUUUUAGUUGGUUAUUACUGAUUAGUUUACCUAGUCAAUACUAAGGCCUUCUGAUUCCUUUCUGGCCUUAAUCUGUUUCAUCAUCAUUUAUUUUUAUAGCCAUUGAACAAAUCCAAACAUAGUGUAGUGUAGUGUUUUAUAGCCAUUGUUUAACUUACAUUUAAUUUCCUCAAGAAUUGUUAAGAAUUGUUUUGUUACCCGAGCGUGCAGAACAUUGUAUGCAUGAAAAUUACAUAAGGGACACAACAUUUUAUCAAUUCUGUUGCAUAUUCCCCUCCCCCUUUUUUUUAUAUACUCAUUAUUUAUAUACACUACUGUAUUGUAAAGUAUGUGGGUUGACAUCACAUGGUACAGUAGAGUAUAUUGAGGGAGAGUAUUGUUGUUGUUGUUGUUAUUAUAGCAAUUCACAUAUUAGAUGCCAGCAGUUAACAUUUGGUUCAUAUACAAGACGGGUUACUUAAGCCAGCAACAUCUGAAGGGCUCGAGAAACAUUAUGGUAAAAUAAUCACUGAUAUUGUAUAAAAAAUAAUGUGUACAUACACUCACUGUUACCAGCAAGACAAACUGGAGGAUUUUGUAGUACCGUAGAUAUGCUCUGGUGCUUGAAAUAAAUUGGACAAGUUACACUAUGUUCUUUAUAUUUUUGUCUUGUCUUUCCAUUUCCUUAAGGAGAGUCUCCCAUAGAAUCUCUUGACAUUUUAAUGUAUUAUCAUUCGGUUGUUAAUGUUUCUUAAAGAUUAAGAGAGAGAGAGAGAGAGAUAUAGUUACAAAAAUCAGUCAAGUGCCAAUAAGCAAUGCUGUAAGGGUAUUGUGAUUAACCAAAGUACUAUCUGUAACUGACACAAAUGUCACUUACUCUUACCUUGUCAUUUCUUUCCAUAUUGUGAAUAUAUAAGAAGCUACAAUUUCCUUUUAUGGCUUUUGUCUAGUUUCCACUUAAAACAUGCCUCAGUGUCCUGAUUUUCAGUGUUCUACUCCACUGAAAGUUGUUCAUAGAAGUUGUACAACUGCAGCGAGCAAAAAUUGUAAUGUGAUCGACUAGUAAUAUACUGUGUUAAGAUACUGUGAAGUGUGUACAGUAUUAAUUUGCUUAUAUAUUUUACAUUUAAAUCAUUCUUUAAAUUUUGAAGGUACAGUGGAACCUCUGUGUAUGAAUAUAAUCCAUUCCAAGAAAUGCACUGUAACCCAAAUAUUUGCACACCGAGUCAGGUUUUCCCAUAAGAAAUUAUAUAAAUUGAAUUAAUCUGUUCCACAUACCCAAAAAUAUUUACUUAAAAAUGCAUUAUAUAUACAGAAUACUACUCAUAUUUUUUACUCCACUUUACCCUUAUUGAGGACUCUUGUUGGUGAUUGGAAGAGGGGGAGUGUUUGGAAGGGAAGACCCCUUUCUUUAUAUCAGGCAGUGAUGACCUUUCUGGGGUGCAUGCCUAUGUUUUGUAAAUAUACUACUAAGUUGUGGUCUGCUUCUCACUAAAAAUGUCUAAAGAUGCUUGUUUUUUUGUACAUUUUAACAAUUGUCUGUAGUGAGAAAUUAGGCAUUAAAAUG